UCGUUUUUGUCGACUAUAAAUUUCCCACACUGAUUUUUUCCUUUGAUUUGACGAACAAAAGGGCAAAAAAAAUAAAAAAAUCUGUGAAAUGGCGAUGAAAAACAUCAGCGCUUUCUUCUUUGCUCUCCUCCUCCUCGCUUCUCCUUUGCUCCAAGUUGCUAGGUGUCAAUCAGAAGCAGAGGCAGAUGCUGGAGAAGCUGUUGAAGGAGUUGAUCUCGGGAUUGUUGGUGAGGAUGUUCAGGAUUUUGGUGAUUCCAAUUUUGGUCCAGCUCCAGGAGUUGAAACUGUCUGUGUUUUCCCCAAAAACAGCGCCAAAUUGGUUCUGGCUGGUGAAGAGACUGAGCUCCUCGUGGGGAUGGAAAAUGUUGGGGAGUCACAUGUGAAUGUCAUUGCUAUCAAAGCCAGUGUUCAUUUCUCUUUUGAUCAUCGUAUGCUUGUUCAAAAUCUUACAGUACAGACCUUCAACAAUGCAACUGUACCCCCUUCAGUGCAAGCUUCUUUCCCUUACAUAUUUGCUGUUAGCAAGUACCUACAGCCUGGAACUUUCGAUCUUGUGGGUACCGUUAUCUAUGAAAUCGACCAGCAGCCAUUCCAAAGUACAUUCUUUAAUGGUACCAUUGAAGUUGCUGAAGCUGGUGGUUUCCUCAGCGUCGAGUCCGUUUUUCUUGUUACCCUUGGGAUCGCACUACUGGUUCUCCUUGGUUUGUGGCUUCACGGUCAAUUUCAGCGCAUCACCAAGAAAACUAAGAGGGCUCCGAAGGUGGAAGUCGGGACUAGGAGUGCCGAUGCCUCGAUGGAGGAAUGGCUUCAGGGAACCGCUUUCACUCAAUCGUCUUCCAAAUCAAAGAAGAAGUAGACGACGGAGUACUGUAACACUUGCCAAGGCAUUUGGAAAUUGUGAGUUUCGAGAAUUAGGCCAGGAAAAUAGACGCUUACGUUUGUUGUUUUAGCAUGUGGGAUUUUUUCUCUUCUUCCCUUUAUUUUCUCGAGGAUGCUUACAUUGAGGCUUUUAGAAGCAAAUCUAAUUCCGAUACGAGGCAGAAGACUAAUUUGG